AUGGCCAAUGAAAUGCCAGAGCUCCAAGGAAGCGAAGAAGAUGAAUGGGAAAAAGAAGGCGAGGAAGUUGAAGAAGAAAAAAAUAAGGCGAAUCCGGUUGAAAUAGAAGAAGAUAGUAAUGAAGAAGAAGAAUACGAACUAAAAUAUGAAGAAGAAUAUCAAGAAGAUUAUGAAGACCCUUAUGAAGAAGAUUAUGAUGAUUCAUUUUAA